AUGGGAACUCCAGAAACUAACAGAGAACCAUGUCCCGAUCGGAUCCUGGAUGAUAUCGGCGGUGCGUUUGCGAUGGGCGCUGUGGGAGGAUCCGCGUUUCACUUUAUCAAAGGAAUCUACAACUCUCCCGCCGGCGCUCGUCUCUCCGGCGGGGCUCAGUAUGUGCGGAUGAAUGUGCCGAGAGUCGGAGGAAGCUUCGCCGUGUGGGGCGGUCUCUACUCAACCUUCGAUUGCGCGAUGGUGUACGCGAGACAGAAAGAGGAUCCGUGGAACUCGAUCAUAUCCGGCGCCGCCACCGGAGGGCUUCUCGCGAUGCGUCAGGGGCUUCGCGCGUCGGCUCGAUCGGCUCUAGCCGGAGGUGUGAUUUUGGGUCUCAUAGAAGGAAUGGGAAUCGUGUUGAACAAAGUUUCGAGUGCUGCGCAGAGCGAGCAGCAGAUGCUGAUGGAGGUAGCCUCCUCGGUGCCAGCUGGUGGGACCAUGGGUCAGAUAUUUGGUCAGUCCGUACCGGAGACUUCUUCUGGUUCGGAGGCAGGUUCGGGGUCUUGGUUUGGAGGGUUGUUUGGAAAUGGGAAGAAGAAGGAAUCUGAGGAUAAAUCAGGGAGCAAAACGCAGAUUCUCGAGAGCUUUGAUGCGCCUCCUGUGCCUACUUACGAGUUUUAA